CAUCCCUAUCUCUUCAUCAUGAGUCGCUCGUCAGGAGAGCCUGUCCCAUCCCUACCCGAUCUCAUCUCACUCUUCGCUUCCGCUUCUUACACUCCCACUACUUUAUCCCCUCCUUCCUCCUCCACCUAUCCUCCACUUUCUGUCCCUCCUCAGAUUGACAAAUCCAAUCCAUCUCUUAGGCCUAAUCUGAUCCCCGUCUACAUCGAGCUACCUGCAGACUUGACAACUCCUGUGGCUGCCUAUCUCAAGAUCGCCAAUCAGAGUAAUUACAGUUUUCUACUCGAAAGUGUCGUCGGAGGAGAAAACCUGGCUCGAUUCAGUUUUGUAGGUGCAGACCCUUUCAAAGUCAUCAGAACAGGAGAAGGCUUCGAUGUAAGCGGCGAUCCUCUGCAAGCGUUGGAGAAGGAGCUUGAGCCGUAUCGUCAUGUCAAAUUGCCCUCGGUGCCCACCUUUACCGGAGGUGCUGUUGGAUUCAUCACAUACGACUCUAUUGCCCACUUUGAGCCCGUCACCAAGCCUAAUCAACCACUCGUCAACCCCAUUCCAGGUCUUCCCGAAGCGUUCUUCAUGCUCACUUCUACCCUCAUCAUCUUCGAUCACAUCUUUCAAACUGUCAAACUGGUCUCACACGUCUACCUCCCCGAUGGAAGUCCACCUUCACGUAUACCCGCUUUGUACGAAGAAUGCGUCGGUCGUCUGGAGACUUUGCGCAAUCAGUUGGCAUCACCUGAAGUACCACUGCCGAAACAAGGUUCCAUCAAGCUCGGAUAUGAGGCCAAGAGCAACGUAGGAAAGGAAGGAUACGAAGCAUUUGUGACAAAGCUCAAGGAGCAUAUCGUCAAGGGUGACAUCAUUCAAGCUGUUCCCAGUCAACGUCUAUCUCGGCCUACCUCACUGCAUCCCUUCAACAUAUACAGACACCUACGGAGGGUCAAUCCAUCACCGUACAUGUUCUAUCUUAACUGUGGAGACGUCCAACUCAUUGGGGCCAGUCCGGAGACCCUGUGCAAGGUGGAAGCAAGGAAAGUGUACAAUCACGCCAUUGCCGGCACGGUGAGAAGAGGCAAGACGGCUGCUGAGGACGAAGUACUAGGUAAAGGUUUGCAAGCGUCGGAAAAGGACCGAGCCGAGCACAUCAUGCUGGUUGACUUGGCACGGAACGAUGUCAAUCGCGUCUGCAAGCCUGAGACUGUCAACGUGGACGAUUUGAUGAGAGUGGAAAAGUUCAGUCAUGUCAUCCAUCUCACAAGUCAGAUCAGUGGUAGUCUGCGGGACGACCAAUCGAGAUUCGACGCUUUCCGAUCCAUUUUUCCCGCGGGAACAGUGUCUGGUGCUCCCAAGGUCAAGGCUAUCCAGCUCGUAUCUGGUUUAGAGAAGGAGCGGCGUGGGGUUUACGCCGGCGCCGUUGGUAGAUUUGAUUUCGAUCGUGACGAGCUCGACACGUGCAUCGCCCUUCGAACCAUGACCUACAAGGAUGGAAUGGUGUAUUUGCAGGCAGGUGGCGGUAUCGUCUUUGACAGCGUGGAAGAGGAUGAAUACUAUGAGACGAUCAACAAGCUUGGUGCCAACAUAACAUGCAUCAAUGAGGCUGAGAAGUACUACGCCAAGCUGGAAGGGUCAGCCUGA